UAAAUGGCGACUGGAGGUCAGAUUAUUUACUCCGAAGAAAACUGCACCUGUUCUAUUUGUUUAGAGAAACUCAAAUCACCGAAACGUUUACCUUGUCUACACACAUUUUGUGAUCUUUGUAUUCAGGAAUUCCUUUCAGCGACAGAGCCUAGUGUAGAUUUCAAUCCUUCAGAUUAUUUGUGUCCUAUAUGUAGAGCAGUUUUAUUUGUUAUCAAACCAGAAAUACCUUUAUCGCGGUGGGUAUCGCUACUGCCUGAUAUUCAGAUAGGUUCUACAAUGGAGAAAUCUGAAAAGAAAGAUAAUGAAAAUGAAUGUAACACUUGUUCGCGACAAAAUAUAAGGUCAGAGGCUAAAUUUUGGUGUCAAGACUGCAGGGAUUCUUUUUGUGAUCAAUGUAUUAAGUUACAUAAGGUUAUGAAAUUUUCUGCUGAUCAUACCGUCGUUCAGAUCAGUCAAAUAAGCAUGGAUAAACAUGAUCUUGAUCUUAGCAUUAUUUCGGAUUCGUGCCCAGUUCAUAAAUCUAAGCGCGUGGAAGCUUAUUGCGUUGAUCACAAACAAAUUUUGUGCGUCCUUUGUUUAACAUUACAACACAGGAAAUGUGACAAUGUUCAAGAGAGAGAAAUUCCCUCAGUGAAUAAAGAUGCGUUGGAAGAAUUUCAAAAGGAUUUAACAAUAAAGGAAAAUGAUACAGACAAGUUGUUACAAGAAAGCAAAAGAGACAAAGAAAAACUAAUGGAAUCAUUUGUCGAAAUUGAAACCACAGCUGCACAGCAUGUUCAAUCUAUGAAAGAUAAGCUUGAUGAACUGUUGGUUUCGUUCAAGAAAGAACUCGCACUGAAACAAGACGAAAACAAAUUAAAGCAGCAACAGAAAAUUGAGUCUUUAAGUACUUUGUUAGAGAACCUCCAAAGUAUAAACAGUGCAACAAAUCUUGUUAAUUGUUAUGGGUCUUCAGUCCAAAUAUUUGUUCAUCUUGAAAAAUCAAAGUCCGAAAUUGAGUUAAAAAUGAGGGAAGCAAUUACGCAACUUAAGGUAACCAGCAACGUGGAAGUUCAAUUUAUCGUUGACGAAAUAUUGAGACAAAUUAACCAACGAGAUUGUAUUGGAAGGAUUUCCAUAACGGAGUCAAUAAACAAACCAUUGAUUGGGUUACGAUCUCUUGAUUCUUGUAUAGAUAUUCGUUUAUCAAAAAAGCGAACAAUGUAUCUCAAUGGGUAUAAAAUAACUGGAGGUGUAUGCAUUUCGACUGAAAGUUUAGUUUUAUGUACCGCACCAUGUAAGUUAGUAAAAUUAAAUCUUGAUGAUGGAACAGUAAUACAAGAAUAUAAAGUGUGUCAUAAUCCUAAAAGAGUUUCAUUUAACCCAAAGAACACAUCGUUUCUUGUCUCAUGUUACGAUAACUGUUUGUUACGUGUUUUGUAUGACACUAUAUUCCGCUCAUAUAAGGCAAUAAAGGGAAAACCUCCCCCAAAUGGUGGUGUUUGUACGUAUGCUGGAAACUGUUACGCAAUCGUUGGUAGUGAAUUGCAGAAACUUUCGGAUUCAUCUUCCAAAUUAUUGACCUCUUGUUUUAAAACUGACACUGAUUGUUCUGGGCUGAAUGCAUUGGCUGUGGAUCCAAAGGGAAAACGCUUUAUGUAUACCACUAAAGAUUUUCAUAUAAGGUGCAUUUCUGUUGACGGGGAAGAAAUGUUUUCUUAUAACAAGAAUAAAUUGCAGAAAAUUAAUAGCUUAGCCGUCAGUGCUCGAGGAUUAACAUAUGAAGGGGAUGAAUCCGGCUCGAUCCAUGUCAUUUCUGAAAACGGUGAAAAAAUGAAAACGCUACUUUCGAAGUGCGGGAAUAUUAAAAAUCUCUCUGACAUAUGGCUGGACAAAUCUGGAAACACACUGUAUGUUUGUGGCGAUGAGUACAUAGAACUGUGUAUGAUAUCAUUUAACUUGCAAAGCUUUUAUUUACAUGGAAUUAAAAUAGAACCAACCAGCCAAUGUCUUGUUUUGUAGAAAAAGUGGAAUACAAGCCAUGUUUCAUACGAUGCGUUCCUUUCACUAAAAAAGUGUUAGCUAUCGACUAAACUAGAAUUGUUUCCGCAAUAAAAAUACGUCAAAGAAAGAAAACAAGAAGCCAUACUAAAAUGUUCUUCAUUCAUCAAAUUGAUCAACCUGCAAGACAUAACUGCCUUAA